AUGCCGGAGCAACCUCGCAUCUCAGAUUCCUCGAUGCUGGGCGAGUCCUGGGUGAUAGCUACAUCCUCGAUUCAAGAGAAAGACCCAAAGACUGCAUCGGCCCCAAAAACGGACCCGGGUGAUCCCCAGGAGCCGACGAGCCCAACUCCCCAGAGAUCUAAAUCCGCGCGAAACAAGAACGACACAACAGAGUCAACAGAGUCGCUGACAUCCUCAUCAUGGACCAUAUCAGGCCCGGAGCUUAUCAUGCCUUCUAUCUACGAGGUUCCCAUUUCCGAAGCAUCAUGGGUCGCGCCUGGUAUUCGCCCAAAAGACCAACCAUCCAUGAGAAAGAGAUGCAAGACAUCGUCAACUCGCAAUAAACAACCGUCCAGCACUGUACCUGGGAGCCAAGACGCAGGCUCGUCUGUCCCAACCCCGCAACAAGGCUCGAUCGCAAAGUUCACAUCAUUCUGUCAAGGAGGUCUCGUACGCACAGCAAUCAACGGCCUUUUAAUCGCCUUCAUCUUUCACCUACUAGUUCUCCCGGAGAUCGUCUUCCAACUCCAAGACCUCUGUCAUCUCCCCGCGGUCAAAGCCAUAUACCCAGAAAGCUGCGUUAAGCUCAAACCCCAAAAUAACCCCUUCUACCCAUCAGCCAACCCUGUCACCCCCGAGGAAAGUAUCACAACAUCCCAACAAGACCUCGAGAGCAUCUUCGAGACAACCCUCCAAACCCUCUCACCUCUCACCAAGACUCUCCAAGAAAGCGAGUCCAUGCUCUACGACCUCCAAGAUAAACUUCAAUCCGUCUUCCCAGACGUGCGCAACGCCCUCGACCUAGAGUUUCAAGGAAGCGACCAAGCACUCCGCGCCGCAGCCUGGGAAUUCGACUCACUUCGCGCUGACCUCCGCUCCGCCGUCGAAAGCCUCCUGUCCUCCCCACCAACCCAAGAACCAACCGGGUCCGUCUCAAUUGCACGCGACACGCGCCUUGCAGCUCAAAUGCGGCGUCGCGCAGAAUACCUCGACCGUCUACGCGCCCAGAUCCGCACAAAGGCGGACUCGCUUGGUACGCGCUUCAGUACUUUAGACGACCAUCUCGAGGCCGUGGAUGGGAUUGUCGCACGGGAAGAACGCAAGGGCUCCCUGCCGGCUUCAGCUUCUGGUGGAGAAACUGCAACAGCAGGAGGGGGCGAGUCGGACGGGACGGGGUUGUUCGCUGUUCUGAAUUCCUUAGGCUAUGCCUCUUUCGGAUCACGCUGGUCGCGAUCGACAGGUGACUGGUCCACCCCUUCGGAUUCAGGCUCUGCUUCCGAAUCCGAGGAUAUGAAGGCUAAUUCACAGCCUGUAACGACCCUUGCAUUGUUGAGACUUGCUGCGACGCACCAUCGUCCCGUGGCUGAUUCGGUGGCCGACCUGUCACGACAAUUACGCGACGUCCAGCGUGCUCGGCUGGGCCCCACCUGGUGA